ACCCUAAACCCUAUCACACUCCAUCUUAUCUAUCUCAUCACAAUCCCACGAGUCUACUCAUCAUUACCGUUGCCAUUGUAUGCGCCGGAGCUUUUCCUCGAAUGUCUCGACACUCAGCCGGCCGACCCCGGCCGACGUAACUCAAGAGCCGCCGUGAUUCCCACAAACCCAUCUUUCUCAACAAACCUGAUGAGGGCGGUGAGAAACCUCCGGUUCGCUUCUGCCUCCACAAGGAAACCGGAAGCCAUCGUCGCCGCCGUUACCGAAACCCACAUCAGAGCAACAAUCUCCUGCUGCAAACACCUGAACCUCGAGCUCAAAGUCCGCAGCGGCGGCCACGACUACGAAGGCUUCUCCUACACCUCUCCGGUGCCGUUCGUGAUCCUAGAUAUGUACAACUUCCACAAAGUGGACAUCAACCUUAAGGACGAGACCGCGUGGAUCCAAUCCGGAGCCUCUCUCGGCGAGCUUUACUACAACAUCGCGAAAAAAAGCAAAGUCCACGCUUUCCCCGCCGGAGUGUGUCCUAAAGUCGGCGCCGGAGGACAUUUCAGCGGCGGAGGGUUCGGGAAUCUCUUGAGGAAAUACGGUUUAUCGAUUGACCACAUCAUCGACGCGCAAAUCAUGGACGCGGACGGGAAAGUCUACCGCGACAGACGUUCUAUGGGAGAAGACGUGUUUUGGGCGAUUCGCGGCGGAGGCGGUGGGAGCUACGGCGUGAUUCUUGCGUGGAAGCUUAAGCUCGUUAGGGUUCCGGAGAACGUCACCGUUUUUAAACUGGAGAGAACGGUGGAAGAAGGUGUCAUUGACUUGGUCCACAAAUGGCAGCAAGUGGCUCCGGUUAUCGACAAAGAUUUGUUUAUCCGGUUAGAGAUUAAACCGGUUUACCGGAGCACUACAUCAAAAUACAAGACCAAGACGAUUAACGUUUCCUUCAUUGGAAUGUUUCUCGGUUCGCCGGAGAGACUUUUAAACAUAAUGAACAAACGUUUCCCGGAGCUAUACUUGACGGAACCUGACUGCAUGGUUAAAAAAUGGAUCGACUCGGUGGUUUUCUGGGCUGAGUACCCAGAAAACGAACCGUUAGAGAAUCUUCUCGAAAGAACAUCAGUGAACGAAUCUUACUGGAAACGAACUUCAGACUUCGUUCAAACUCCUAUCUCAAAACGAGGUAUUGCCAAGAUUUUCCAGACGAUGAUCUAUCACUCGCCCCUUCCACGGCGAGUUUGGAUGCAGUGGAACCCUUGGGGAGGCAGGAUGGCUGAGAUAGCAUCUGAUGAGACGCCGUUUACGCAUAGAGCUGGUAACGUUUUCAUGAUAGAGCAUUUCAUGAAUUGGUAUGCACCUGGAGAUGAGCUAGAGGAGGCGUUCUUGGCCAUCUCAAGAAGCUUUAAAAAGGCGAUGACUCCGUUUGUUUCGAAGAAUCCGAGAGAGGCUUUCUUGAACUACAGAGACGUCGAUAUCGGGAUUACGAUUCCGGGGUAUAACGCAACGUUCGAAGAAGCUAAGGUUUAUGGGGACAAGUAUUUUAAAGGGAAUUACUUGAGAUUGUUUCAGGUUAAAGCCGGGUUCGACCCGACUAACUUUUUCCGGUCUCAGCAGGGGAUUCCGGUUCUUGAAUAGUCGACUGUGGGGACUGAACUAGAGAUUCAUCGGAUGUGUUAUUUUCUUGUUCUUCUUGUGGUUAUUCCAAUAUCUAAGAGAAGUCACUGAUGUAAUCUCAAUCUAUUAAUAAUAAAUGGAAUAAUCUUUACUGAUGA